UGAAGCCGAUCAACAGGUACGCCCCUCCAGAUUACAUGACACUAAUGUAUCACCCCACUCCCACACUGGAGGACCUGGGGUUAACCAGUUAUCUGGACAGUCCUCCCUCAUCACUCAGAACUAGGUCACCAGCUCGGGAGGAAAAAACGGUGGAUUGUCAACCAGAGCGAGAGUCGGCAAGGAGGGUCUUACCAGCAUGGGACGCACCAACAAACGACUUUUUUGACCAAGAAUCCAAGCCAACUAACUCACAAGCGAGAGAGUUCAGGACGGCUGUGUCAGCUCACAAACAGUCCUCAAAGACUGACACUGUAUCAGAGGCUAAAAUCUCCACACUGAAUGUGACCAAUCAAAUGAGUGAAAGACACCAGACAAAUGUGACCAAUCAAAUGAUUGAAAGACACCAGGCAUAUGUGACCAAUCAGAGGAGUGAGAGACACCAGGCAAAUGUGACCAAUCAAAUGAUUGAAAGACACCGGGCAAAUGUGACCAAUCAAAUGAGUGAGAGACACCAGGCGGCCUCACACACUCAGAUGAAUAAGCAUCUGGCAACAAAUGUUGAAUCGCAAAGAUAUGUCCCAAGCUUUGCCCCAAAAGGCUGGGACCCAACUAACAAGUCAUCAAAGUCCUUACAAGGACCUGCAUCAACGGAAUCUGUAAUUAAUGUUACGUCUAGACCUGCCACAUUCACUGCGCCCAUUUCAAAGUCAGUCACAGGCCCUGAUGUUAAACCAACAAAUAACAAAAGACCAGGGUCUGGUUCUACAUUGGCUGAGAAUCCGGAGAAACGGGCAUGUAAUUGGUCAAUGAUUGCUGAACAGUACUCGACAGAAAGUCGUCACUCUGUAAAUCAGGAGCAAAGACGUGACGCAUUGUACAGACGCUACAACAAAGACGAGCGUCAACAGACGCAUACCACAAAGCGUCACCAAAAUCAUGACGCAAUGUAUCAGGAACAUACUGAUGUACCGAGUCGCAACCAGACAUUUGAUCAGGUUCUGGCUGAGCAGAUAGCUAGACAAGCUGAACUCAAAAGUCAAAAUCAUAACCAAGCUCCUCAGACUGGCACCAGCGUAAACGAGAAAAGACGCAUGUGCCAACCUAUGACAAAAUCAAGUCUGCCCACUGUCAACAUGGACGACCUGUUUGGUGGAUUGUCACCUUACAGCUGCUGAAAUCAGUCGGCACUGGAAGACCCGAGGUUUUCAUAACUUCCAGUUUCUUAUUUAUCUUUGCUUUGGCAAAGAUAUUUGCGGCAUAUACCAUCUCUGUUG